GUCUAAAAAAAAACUAAAAAAAACAAAACACAUCCUGUGUCCUUCUUACUGUCACGCUACAUCAUGUGUAUAUUCUUUUUAUGUUUUCAGAUGCACUGGCCCUUUAAGAAGCUCCAUCGCUGCACUUAGCUUCUUUUUUUCCCUCCCACUAUGGCGAACGGAUAAACAAACAGAGCCCGGUGGGAAAACAGCAGUAACGGUGCACACAGCUCCUCGGUGGUGACUAACUCGCACCAGUUAGUAACAGUCCGGUGACUGGUGGUGGUGGUGGUGGUGGUGGUGGGGGGUUUUCGGCGGGGUGUGCUCUCUGUCAGUGCGAACAGCGAUGAAAAAAGCGACAAUAGUUUGCUUGUGCACACUGAACACCUCGGUUGCAGCAGCCUGGUGAUACGUUACCGGAUUCCGGACCCUUUCUGACGGCUUCUCUCUGCUAACACAGCGACCGUUCGCUUAUAAUAUCCAUUAUCUUUUCGUUUCAAUUGAGUUGAAUUGUCGUGAAAAAUGUUGACAGGAUCUAAAACCACGUUUAAAGUGAGACAAAUGCUCCCAGACAUCAAGGAGAGGAUGCUGAGUCAAAGUGGCGUCCACGCAAGGAGUCGAGAUGUGUUUGGGCUACGCUGCCUACCAGGCGAGUGCGUGCUGCAGCGAGCUGUUAUGGUGAGGAAGAAGCUGACUGCCAGGGAAGGAAGGGGUUGGGUGUCUGGGACCCUCUUGUGUACCCACUUCAGAGUGGCCUUUGUGCCCCAGGACAGUCCCAAACCUGACGACAAUGCAGAUCCAGUGCUUUUAGGAGAUCAUGAUGUGGCCUUGGCGUCCAUAGAGAAGGUUGUGGUUGUGGGCCCCAACAGGACCAAGCUGGUGACCCCAAACUCAUCCCUGAAGUUCACUCCAGAGGAGCUGGUGCUGUACUGCAAGGACCUGCAAGUCAUCUGCUUCCUGUUCGACCGCCUCACUCCUGACGCACAAGUCAUUGAGACAACCUACACCAUCGCCAAGACCUACCAGCCUCUUAAACCAGGGUCCGUUUUAUCUUUCCAGAACGCUGCCCUGGGGAGUGUAGAAAUGAAGCAGUUUCUAAGCAACCGUCGACGAAACACCCACAUGAACUGGUUUGAGUCUGACUCGGACUGGGAGCAAGAGCUGGAGAGAUGCGGGGCCACUGGCUGGAGAGUCAGCUCAGUCAACGACCGCUUCGAGAUGUCCACCAGCCUGUCGAGAUCCAUCGCUGUUCCACAGAAGGUUUUGGACACUGAGCUGAAGAAAAGCUUCGCCCACUUCAACGAAGGACGCAUCCCUCGCUGGUGUUGGCGACACCCUCGAGGCAGUGAUCUGCUGCGAAUGGCCAGCUUCCAGAACAACAUCUACCACGAGAAGGACGACAUCAGAAACCUGGAGAUGAUCCUGUUUGGUUGCCAGUCGUCUCUGUGUGUGGUGGUGGAGCUGGGCGAGGAGCUGCCCUCACCUGCAGACAUCCAGUUGGCUCACAGCCGCCUGCGCGCCCUCUGUCUGGGAGAUAUCUCCACAUCUGUGUCAGUGCCUGAUGACAAAUGGCUGUCUACCCUGGAAAGCACCCACUGGCUCGACUACACCAGGGCCUGUCUGAGGAAAGCUUCGGAGGUUGCCUGCCUUCUCCGUGGCGGUCACCUGACUGUGGCGCUGCAAGAGGCGGACGACCGGGACAUGGGCUGCGUGGUGUCCAGCCUGGUGCAGGUGAUGUGCGACCCCCACUGUCGGACCCAGCACGGUUUCCAGAGCCUGGUGCAGAAGGAGUGGGUGAUGGCCGGCCACCGCUUCUACAGCCGCAUCAACUACCACCGCGACAACGACAAGGAGGAGGCUCCAGUCUUCCUUCUCUUCCUGGACUGUGUUUGGCAGCUCUUGUCCCAGUAUCCCUCUCGCUUCCAGCUGACAGAUGACUUCCUGUUGGCCCUGCACGACAGCAUCCACCUGCCACUCUUUUCCAGCUUCUUGGCCAACUGCCAGCGAGAGAGAUGCAAACGCUCCCAGAACCUCGGGCAGUCCUACACACCGGUCAAUGGCUGGAGAGACAUGGACUCUUCCUCGGAUCCCUCUGACCCUCCUCUGCCCUCGGUGUGGGACUGGUCCCUGCAGUACAGCAAGCACAGACGAGACCGCUUCACCCAACCCGUCCCCCCGAUCCCUCCUCUCCAACCGCUGCUCAAUGGCAACCUCAACACCAACACAGACACUCACAGGCUGACUGACACCAUCCCCGGCUCAGUCUUCCUCCUCUCUCGAGGCAUCUUCUCCUGUCCCGCUAACCUGCUUCCCUGGCGCAGCGGCAGUUCAGGCGUUUACAAGAAGAGCCACCGGAGGGCGGCGUCCUCCGAGAACGUGCCCGGCCUGGAGAGGCUGCUGAAAGCCUGGGCCCUGGCUGAGUUUCCUCAAGGCCUCACUUCCACCGCCGGACCUCAAGGACCACUUGACCCCUAUGAGCCCUUACUGCCGCUCCUCAUGGGGCCCUGCAUGGGCCUGUGGAAGGAGUGCUACCUCCGGGGGGCGCUCCAUGCACAGGCGUUCUCCCACCCCAUCUCAGCAAACCACCCCCACCCUGUGGAGCGGCUGGCCCGGGAGGUGCAGCAGCUGAAAGACGAGCUCGCACAAGUGUCCACCGGCACGGAUACAAGCCCACCCACCAAGACGGCCGAGUCCCGGCGGACCGACACCAACCUGAACCAAAACACCAACAACGGCACCUUCCUCUUCCCGGCGUCGCGGCCUCAGAGCACGGCGGUGCCCAGAGCGGCGCCCAGAGCGGCGCCCCCUCCUACCUCCACCAACCACCACACCUCCAGGGGCCCUCCGCCCGCCUCAGCUCCACCAUCCAGGCACGGCCACAAAGACAAUGGCGGUGGCAACAAGCACACGUUUCUGUUCGGGCACCCUUCUGUAGCAGAGGCCCGCCCUGACCAGCGCUAUUACCCAGCACCCAAUAACGCCAAGCUGCCUAAGAGCAACGGGUCCUCGAUAGCGUCCUGAGGUCUGGUCCUCGUCUGAACUCUUCUCAGAUAUGAUACAGACCGUUCCACCUUAAGACCCGGUGCUAUCAGCAAAUCACCUGCCUGCACAAUAUGAAACUGACCUAUCUCUCCCUGGUACCAUGUACAGAGGAGACCCAGGCGUGCGUUUCCUCACAAACAGUAUUUGAUUGACUAUAAAGUGAUUAAAAACAACCUUUAGGUGGCCCGCAGUGAAAAGCAACAGUAUGAAAUAAUCAGUGCAUGAGCUCUCAAAACUCUGCUCCGCAUCGUCUGUACUGUAUAUUUGGAAAGAGUACCUUAGAGUUCAAUAUUCCAUAAAUGAAAUAUAUCCAAGGCAAAAAGAAUCAGUGCUGAAGAUGCUAAACAAUGUAUGACAACGGAACUUUAGAAGCACAUCUUGCAGCAUCUUAAAAUGCAGUAGAAACUGUCGUCCUCUGAAAACGCCAUGUCACCGCUCAAGACAGACAGGCAGCUUGUAGUCUCCAUUUUUAGCUUCUUAUCCAAAAUAUAGAUAGUGGCGUGAUAAGGUGGUUCUUAAGGGUGCUUUGACAGGACACAUGGCAGUGAAUGGACACAUCUGCCUCACUGGAUGUGACUUGUGACUACAUUUUUUUUAAAACAACUAUCUCUUUAGAUCUUUGUCACGUUAAAUGUGCAAAAAACACUUUCAAUUCAGUUUUUGUAUCACAGCUUCAAAUAGAAAAGUAGAACGUCGUUUGGACAAUCAUUUUUGAAAAAGCAUCAUUAUUAAAUAUUAAACUGCAGGCGCUGUGGCCAGUGACUUUAAUGUGGAAUUUAGGGCAUGAGAGCUAUUUUGGUCCUGCUCUCAUAUCUCCCCACUUGCGUGCAUGCUUGUGAGCAGUGAGAGGCCUGGAUGUGGCUAAAGGCACUGCAUACGAUUGCAUGACUGACAUGAUUUCAGGGCUUUAGUUAUAUAAUCUUAUCUAAACUUUCAUCUUUAAGUAUUUUUUUGGCCAUUGGUCAAAUCUUUUGAUGUCAUACAUGUAGAGAAGUGUGAUUUCUGAAUUGUUUACCAAAUUUAGUAUUGUUUUGAUAAUUUCACCAUCAGUUUGUGGAGUACAAAUAUUAUUCUGCCUUUUGAUUGCCGUAUCUUGAGAAGGUACCAGUGUUGGAAGCAAAGGGAAGCUCAUUUCUUCCCGUUUUUCUCUUAGUCCUGCCCGAAGGUGUAUUAGUAUGCAGCCAGCAUUUAGGUCAAGGACUUGAAAGUGUCUGACCGUAUUUAAAGCACAGAGGGAGCGAGCUGGUCCUGCGCCUUUAAAGAUGAACGGGUUGUCGUUCGCAUGGUGUGGGUGUCAAGUAGAUGCACUGGCGCCAUUCCCUCGGACGGAUGAAAUUAUGUAUCUGAAGGGAUCGUGUUUUUCUAAAUUUGAGUUCCGGCAGGAUAACAAUUGUCAAUGUGUGACUGAAGCCGACCUUCUCUCAUGUCAAUAGGUACCUCACUUGAUAGCACUAUGAAUUAUUCAAUUGUUGUAAAUAUUAAUCACAUCAAUAUCAAGGCACAUUGAUAUCAGCUACAAUUUCAGAGCUUUCCAGGUGUGAUGCCAAUGCAUUCGCUUGUCUUACAUUGAGAAAAAAAAAACCCCAAAAAGAAGGUUUGUCAUGUCGCAUAGAAAAUCGAAUUUGAUCUCCUGCUACGCCCGUCCGUCUGUAUCGUUGUAUAAUUUAAUGUUUUUGGUACGAGCACCACUUAAAUUUGCCAGAUGUACAUAUUUUUUGUAUCAGCAUGUUUUGAUCCUGAUGAAUAAAAAGUGUUAUCAGUUGA